CGAACCACAUCGACAGCAACCGGACCACCCUCGGACCGUAUGCAUUGAUCGUUUGUCGUGUUUGAACUGCCCUCCUCCUUGCAGUGUCUUUGAAGUCGACCUGUUGUUGUGGUCAAAGACAAUCGUAUCCUGAAACACGACAUCGAAACGUUAGCAACAUGGACGCCGAACGCCCCAACCUAUCUACUACCCUACCCAGGAACUUCAUGUUCCAUUACCGUGACGGCCCAGCUCCACAGACUCCCGAGCCAGAGCCGCAACCCGAGCAGAUGCAACCGCCACCGCCGCCCCGACAGGUGCUCAAGGUGCGUCGCCGCCGCGCCACUCUCGUCAUGAACAACGACGACAUGGACGCCGUCAUGGACCAGCGACCCAUCCCCACAAUCGAGGCUCCCGAAGUCAUGUCGGAAACCUCCAACCUGCUACCACCCUACUCACUACCUCAAAACGACGCAUUCUUGUCCCCAGGUUUUAGCUUCCCUCGUAUGCUUUCCCCACCCAAGACUCCCGCUGCCCAAGUGCGAACAAUCAGCCACUACGAGGGAACUCAGGACUGGUCCGACGUUCCACAUGUCAGCCAGAGUGAAACGUCUAGCAGACCCACCUCAUCGUCGGGCUUCUCAGACUCAUCCGUCUCGUCCUGCGAUAGCAUUGGCUCCUUCAUGUCCAGAGGCGGCAGCUGCACAAGCCCCGAAGAUGAAUCAUCAGACCCUUUCGCGUUCUACCCACCCACAAACAAAGCCCAACGACCAAGCUCACCUUCGAUGGGUACCCAACAAUCUCGCUCUGCAACAAAGCUGAAGUUGCGAGCCACCUUCAGCGAGGAGAUGGAUCAUCACUUGUGGAUGACUUACAUGAAGUACCUUCAAGACCCCACUGUGACCCCCUUCAAAGCCCUUCCGAGCACUACACCACCGAAUGGAGUAUGCCAUCGUGUAGCGAGGAUGGCUCGCAAGACAUGGAAGGGCCCGAAGUCUUCUCGCGCUGGUGCCCUUAACGCGACCCCACAACACGGCUUCCUCGCCGGUACACCGGGUACAGUGAGGCCGAUUAGGAGCGGUAGUAACACACCUGUAGCGAGGCCGAUCAAGUCCACCAUGCGCUACCCCAGUGAGAAGCAAUGUCGCAAGCGCUUACGAGACUUGGCUAAACAGAAGCCAUCCCUCUCUGCACACUAUCAGCGUAUGCUUCGUCGAUCGCCCUCGCCGCUGCAAUCCUCUCCUCCACCUGAGCCCGAGCCACAACCGCGUCAACAACAACCACAGCAGCAGCCGCUGUCUUCGCCAUUCUCGCAAGGCUCUACUUCCUUUUCCACAAGGGACAUGAACUUAUCGCUGGCCACAAGCACUGCUGCGUCGAUGCAGUUGGGCAAUCCACUGUCGCAACUUGCCAAAGAUAUCACACCACGACCGGCACCGCGAACAUGGUCGAGCGCGCGUUCUUCUGCUCACCAGAAGUCACAAUCGCUUCAUAUCGGCCUGGGACUAGGCAACUUGCUGGGCUCACCGUUCCGUGCCAGGAACGAGUCAACCAACAGCAACACUAACCAGAGCAAUGCUCGAACAUGGCAUGCAUCGUCGUCCGCUGGUCAUACCCCACGUCUUGGCUCGCCUUUCCAGUUGCACGCGCCUCGACCCAAGUCAAGAGUCUUCAAGCGUCGGGCGCUCCACAACAGCUUUGAGGAUAGAGCGCGAAACCGCGGAGACAGCUUCGUCAACGAGAUCUUUGGAGCCCCAGCUGAAUCGAGUCAUCGUCGCGUACGGAGCCGUGGCUUCAGCUUGGGUGACAUGAUGGAAGGUGCCCGACGACUGCCGUUGAUCAACGACCCGUUAGGGUUGAACCCUUUCGCACAAAGCGGUUCUGCUAUGCCUAGCCCGGCACCAACAUCCCCUGCCGUACCAAUGGAGGCCCAGAACAAAGGUACCGUCCGCUUGGGCUCCCCGUUCGUUGGUCGAUCGAGCAACACUUUCCCUCGAGCGAAUAUUUCUCAUAGCUUCGAGCCUCCAGCUUCCUUCGAGGAGCGUUUUGCUGGAACACCUAGCGACUCAGCAUACCUGUACCGAUCUUAGAGCUCGACGGUCUUGUCUUCCGCCUCAUCAUUGCACUUGAGCAUGACUGCAUCAUCGGCGUUACGACCGACGGCCUCAAACGCCGUCAUUGCAUAUACUUGACAUUUGGCCCACGGGCUUACUUACUCCUGCUUCCAUGAAAAGCAUUUCCUUUGUUUGUCUAUACCAACUUCCACCUUCUUCACCGAGAGCCUUUCGCCGUCGAUGGUAUACCUCCGGCGGGGUCGGCAGACCUUCGUACCUUGGCUUCUUGUCUAUGUUCUGGGCCUAUACUUCUUGGACAUGGCAUGUGGCUACAUGUGUCUUCUAAAACUUCAGUAAUUCGAGUGUCGGCGGGCGGGGCCAAGUGGAGUUCGGUCUGAAAGACCU